AUGUCUAACAACUACCAACACAACCACACCAUCCGGCCUCCCGAGAGGCCUUCGUCUCAAGCUAGCCGGGCUUCCUCCCGGCCUAGUUCAGCCAACCAGGCGCGCCCUGCUCCUCGCGUGACUUGGUUUGGGUCGGGCCCGCGCGCACCGUAUGCGCUCACUUCUACGCCUGCGCCGAGCUCUUCCCAAGUUCGCCUUAGCCCGCGUCAUGCCGUGACUCGUACAGACUACGACACUUCCAUGCCUCCUCCAGCGACUGUACCGUCGCAGGUCGCACAGGCACCUGAUGCCCGGCCAACUUAUACAUUCGGUUCCCCUUCCGUGCCGUCAAACUCCUGGCCGGCAGAUGAUCGUUGGAGCCUGCGCUCGAGCCCAUGGCAGCCCUCUGCCAACCGCCAGCCUACAGGCUCUGUCGACGCGUAUACCGCCCAGCUAUCCGAGCUCCGCCACAGCGAUCGCCCGCGUGGCUCUAUCACCGUUGGUCGCCCGCUCGAUCCAUAUAUAUCUCCGCUCGAUACGACACCCACGCCGCCUACGGCUCUCGAUGUCGUCCGUACUCACGACCGCGAACGCAUUGCUCAUCUUCAAGAGGAGCAUUCCGCUGUUCGAGCUCCAGACCAAGAACGUCGGGAGUGGCCUUCCCAGGACGAGCAAGCCGCGAUUGACCGCGCCCUGCAUCCAGGCGCAACACAAGAAUCAAGCGACACGGCUCCGGAUCCUCUCCAGGCAACUUUCGUUCAGCAGACCGACUCGGAAUUUAUCGCUCUCGAUCAAGAUAAUCUCCCUAUCGCCGAGGAGAGCCGUCGUUGGGGCAGCAGAGAGACGCUCCGUGGCGUGUGCACGAUCAGCAAUAACAACCCAUACGUCUAUGAUGGCGACGAGCGAGACGCGGCUUUUCGCAACGCCUACAAUGUCUUCAAUCGGUGUCGGCCCAACAAGCGCUCUUUCGAGGCCUUCAAACGCAGGAUGGACGACUGCCUUGCGAUGAAGCUGCUGGAAAGUAACCCCGAUAGCAAGCCAUUGCGCAAGAAGGCGGAGAGCGUCAAUAUGUCCGAGGGAUGUCGUCAGGCUGCGAUGGUCAAGCUGGAGAAGAUUGCGGGCGAGCAUGAGCGUUACAAGAAGAUUGAAGCAGACAAGAAGCUCGCGCUGGUGGAGGAAGAUAAUCGUCAGAAGAAGAUCGCCACAGCCAUGAAACGCAAGGCGUGCCGCACCACAGGGUCGAAACGGUCUGCGCGCGAAGCUCUUGAGUCAGAGAUCGAAGACUCGUCGGGCAGCGAAAGCGGUAGCGACGCGGACAACACGCCGGUUCCGGGUGGGCGCAAGACGCGCGCUGCUUCUCGCGCCAAACCGGGCUCCUCGUCACACCAGACACCCAGUACGCCUCGUCCCCGUGGCCGUCCCCAUGGCUUUGCCCGGGCCCACAACGGUCGCUUCUCGCUCGCCACACCGACAUCCAGUGACACAUCGGCACAUUCCUCCCCUCGGCAGCGUCGUAGACGUUCUUCCAAGAAGUCGCCGCAAACUGGCGCUCGUCCACGUCCAACCAAGAAACGUCGCACCACCGCGGGUCAAUCUGACGAUCGUAUGACCGGCAUCCUUGAAAAAGCGGUUUCGUCUGCCUCCGAGGACCGUCAGCGCUUCGAAUCCGUGUUCGUCAAGUCGGGCGAAAAGCAACAGGAGACCGUCGACAAGCUCGUCGGUUCCCUCAACCAGUUGUCGACCGCCCUCCUCAACGGCGCUCUCGGUGAAUCGCAGCAAGCAACUGCAUCUACAAGCACCCACGCUCACGACCGGGAUCGUCGCCCGGCCCUGUCUCGCGAUGGUUCUGCGCGGGGUGAUGAUGUCGAGAUGCGCGUGCCAUCACCUUACCGCCCUAUACCUACGCCCAGCUCGUCUGUCCCGUCACCUCGCCCGGCCGUACAUACGCGUGACAGUGCAGAUCAGUUCUUUGCGCCGUCACGCCCCCCUUCUACGUCGCACACCCAAGCCUCGGAUGUUGGUGCCACCUCUCCGCCCAAUCUGCGCCCGUCGUCCUCUCAGGCCCGCCCAAGUGCCGAUGUGCAUCUUGAUGAGUUGGCAGCACGUCGUAACAGUGCGAUGGCGCCGUCUCCUGCACUUGGAGAGCCUUCGUCGUCGCGCUCCAUCAUGUUGUCGCUGGACGAUCGCGACAUGUCAACUUCUCCUUCUCCUUCGUGCUCGUCGUCGGUGUCCCCAUCCUCUCCACCCGCUUCUGCAUCGCAAGCACCCGAUCCUGAGCAGGAAGAGGAGGAUAUUCGAGAGGAUAUUCAGGAGCAGAUCGUUCAGUUGAUUCUGGCCGGUUACGAGAGGCUUAUGCGUAGAACCCUCCAUUCUUACUGCAGCCCAGAGCCAGAUGUCUAG